AUGUCCCAGGACCCAGGCAGGCCAGAUACAAAUGAAGGAACACCAGGUAAAUCAGAAGAUAAUCAGCAGGACAACUUGGAUAACUCAGAACAGUCUUCCAGAAAUACACCAAGUCCCAGCAGAGGCAAUACACCUCAAGCUAGCCCCCCUCAGUUUGUGUCAGUGGAGGAGCUGAUGGAAACGGCAAAAGGAGUUACCAACAUGGUGUUGGCUCAUGAAAUUGUCGUCAAUGGAGGCUUCCAGAUUAAGCCAGCCGAAUUGCCAGAAAACAGCAUUGAAAGAAGAAUAAGGGAUAUUGUCCACAAAGCUUUUUGGGAUUGCCUGGAAACACAGCUAAAGGAAGAUCCACCAUCAUAUGACAAUGCAAUUAAACUUGUGGGAGAGAUCAAAGAGACGCUUUUGACUUUUUUGCUGCCUGGCCAUACUAGAUUACAAAAUCAGAUUACCGAAGCUCUAGACCUGGAGCUGAUAAAACAGGAGGCAGAAAAUGGUGCCCUUGACAUUUCUAAGUUGGCCGAGUUCAUUAUUGGAAUGAUGGGAACGCUCUGUGCUCCAGCUAGAGAUGAGGAAAUUAAGAAGCUGAAAGACAUUGAUGAAAUUGUUCCCCUGUUCAGAGAGAUUUUUUCUGUGUUGGACUUGAUGAAAAUGGACAUGGCUAAUUUUGCUGUCACCAGCAUAAGGCCACAUUUAAUGCAGCAGUCAGUUGAAUAUGAAAGGAAGAAGUUUCAGGAACUUUAUGAGAAACAACCAAAUUCCUUAGAUUUUGUCACUGAGUGGCUGCAAGAAGCUGCGGAUGACCUGAGAUCCAGAAUGGUGCCUGCUAUUGAUCAUGGCGCCACGUCUACCAGUACUGCUCCUGUGCUCUGUCCUGUUGCUGUACAGAAUCAUGCAUACCUUAAGCUCCUCAAAUGGGAUUAUCUGCAAAAGCCUUUUCCAGAGACUGUGCUAAUGGACCAGAGCCGCUUCCAGGAAAUGCAGCUGGAACUGGACCAGCUUAUUUUAACUGGAGCGAUUCUUCUGGUAACAUUCAAUGCUGCAGGCACAGCGCUUUCAGGCUUGCCAGAAUUUACGGCCAAUCUCAAAAUGGUUAUCCGGGUACUGCUGACAGGUCUACACCUCCCCUCCUUCAACUUGAGCGAAGCAUUGGCUGUCAUAAGUGAAAAGAUAUGUGCUGAAGUUAAUAGUUCCCUUUCCCAACAUGGAUUCACACCUUUCACACUUGAGAAGGAGACUGAGCUUAAAGGACAGAUCCAGGCUGUGGCCAAGCCUAAUAACACUGUGUGCAAACUGAUAGAUUCAAGAAUCCAGUCGUUUCUGGAGAGCUACCUUGCUUCUGGCCAUCAGAAAUCUCUGCCUGCCAUUCCUGGUGGAUUAGGCCCUAUUCAGAAAGAGCUGGAGGAAAUUGCUAUCAAGUACGUUCGCCUUGUUGACUACAGCAAGAUGGUCUUCAGUCCUUACUAUGAUGCAGUUCUCAGCAAAAUACUGAAUGAAGAAGACUCACCUUAGCUAUCUGUGAAGAAAACUGGGAAUAUGUCAGACUCAUUGGUAUGUUGCCCUAAAGAAGAUAGGAUAGGAGAAGGCUGUUACACUCAUGCAUUCUGUCAGAAUGAUGAGGGUUGGGAAACAGAGGUCUCUUUCAGGCUCCAGUUGUUUCUUGGAGAUCCCCACAGUCUGUCUUGGUAUUCCCUGUUCCCCACCAGACCCCCUCAAACACAGACAGUUCUGUUUAGGAACUUAAGUAAAAUUCAACACAGCACAGUUUUAUUUAGGCACUUGUGUGUUGGAGAUAGAGCGAGAAGUUCCAAGAUUUAAAUGUUCACUUCCCCCUGCUUUCACCCAAGUUUAAUAACUGCUCGAAGCCAAUGCCAGUCUGCCAUUGGACAAGUGCAGAGAUGUGCUGCUCCCAUCCCAUCCUGGUCCUUCUGGCUGCUGUGUAUGCAAGUGUGCUUCUAUACGUGGAUCACUGUUGUUUGGAUCAGGGUGGUGAACUGUAUGUGUUGUAGAAAGCUUACAAUCCUUGGGCAACAGCUUUGCUGGGAAUCUUUCACUAAUACAGUAGUGAUGGCUGAGUGGUGAGUGGAUACAUCAGGUGAUGUAAAAGGUACAUGAAAAUACACCAGUUUAGUACUUAAUUCAAAGCAAGUAAGAACUGAUAGUGUAUUGACUUUUGAAAUAUGGGCUUGAGGGUAAGACUAAAAUGAUAGAUGUUGAAAUUAUCCUAUUAGCAUGUACAUUGAUGCAAAAGGAGCUAGUAAACUUCUCUUUCUAUAUUACCAUAAAUUUUAAAUAGUUCUGAAGAUCAUCCUAAAAAUUGUAGCAGUAACUUCAGUUUCCAGAUACUCAAAACUUGGAUAUUGGUAGUUAAAGCAC